CACUUUCUCUCACACAGUGCUUUAACCUGGUUUUUUCUUUUUGGGUUCCACGAUCCCCCCAUAUCACUUUCCUGUAUAAAAAAGACAUCCCGCGCUUUUUAUAGAUGAGCUUGCUAACUCCUCACCAACAAAAGCUAAAACAGAGACGUCCUCACUCCAACACUGUUUCCGGAGCUGAUCGACCGCCUGCUAUCGACACAAUCAUCACUUCUGGAAUCUCACAUCGUCGAAACAGUGAAGGUUCUCCACGAGCACUCGAACCGCCACCCAUUAACGUUUCUGCACCUUCCCCUACUGCUCCUACUCACCAACAGCAACACCUUGAUUCGCCAAAGACUCUUUCAUUACAGCGCCAUUUCCCUGACACCGUCAUGCCAUCUUCUUCCGAUGAUGAUAACAACAACAACCACACCAACAACAGCUCUCGCGCUGCUACACCGCCAGUAGCAACCGUCCCGGAGACUAAGCCUGGUACAAUGUCGCGCCUCUUUGCUGGCCACAAAAAAUCUCGCUCUCGCGGAUCAAGCCUUUCGACGCAAUCAAUAAACGAUCUACCAGACACGCAUGCAGAAAAACAACAGGCCCUCGGGAACAGUAAAUUGCGCAGUGAAACGAUGGCCCAGCAACAGCAACCACAACAGCCACAUCGUGGCUCGGAUGAUGCCUCGUCCGAAAUGUCAUUUGCUGCUGGAAGUAUCGCAGCUGCAUGCAACGUCGAGCCUGCCAACGCUAAACGCAACCAAGACUUUCAUGCUUUAUUUCGAAGCGUGCCAGAGGACGACCCUCUAAUCGAAGACUUUGGAUGUGCUCUUCAGAAGGAGAUCUUGCUUCAGGGGAGAAUAUAUAUUUCCGAGAGCCACUUGUGCUUCAACGCCAACAUCUUUGGAUGGGUCACGAAUCUGGUGAUUGCAUUCUCAGAUAUAGUCGAUAUUGAAAAGCGAACAACCGCUUUGUUUAUUCCCAAUGCUAUCCAAGUAUCUACAUUGCAUGCAAAGCAUUUUUUCGCAUCCUUCCUGUCACGAGACCAGGCCUAUGACUUAAUCGUUGACGUAUGGCGUAUGUCAAGACCAUCGGCAAAACAAAAUAUAAUCGACGAUGAUGAAAAUAAGCAUGUGGACGAGAACGAUGAUGAUGAGGAGAUUACGUCCUCUGAUGACUCUUCUUAUACCUACGGAAGCGACGACGAGUCUUCAAUAUCUGAGCCUGAAGAUGAAGCGCAAGAUCGGCAGGGUUCGCUUGCAUCAUUACCACUUCCGGAAACGAACAAGGACGAAGAAGCUGCACGACGACGAGCUAUUUCGGAAGCAGGACCACGACCCAACGUUAAAUCAUUGGCAACACAGCAGCAGCAGCAGUCACCAUUACCCGGAUCAAAUGACACCCAAGAUAGCAACAACACCAACAACAACGCCAAUGGCAAUGGCAAUAAUGCGAACAAGCCCGUACAGAAACAAGAAAAGACAGAAUGUAACUGUCUCAAGUGCGGUGAACAUUAUCCGAAAGUCGUGCAGGAUCAGACUUUCAACUGUACUAUUGAAACCAUGUACAAUCUACUGUAUAAUAGCGAUUUCAUCAAGAAAUUUUUGACAGAUCAAAAAUGCACAGACUUGACUAUCAACUCUUGGCAUGAUUCUGAUGCCGAGAACAUCAUAUCCAGUCGUGAAAUGUCGUAUAUAAAGCCACUGAAUGGAUCAAUAGGUCCCAAAUCGACAAAAUGUCUCUUGACAGAAGACAUCUUGCAUCGUGAUCUGGAGGACUUUGUUACACAAGUGACAACAACACAAACACCGGAUGUACCUUCCGGUGGAUCAUUUAGCGUCAAAACGCGGACAUGUCUCAUGUGGGCUGGAAAAGGCCAAGUACGGAUGCUGGUCACCGUGCUGGUAGACUUUACCAAAUCGUCAUGGCUGAAAUCUACAAUUGAGAGUGCUUCAAUCAGCGGUCAAGAAGGCUAUUACAAAGAGUUGGAUGCAGCGAUCCGGCACCAUCUGGGAAAACCAGCAGCAGCAGCAGCAGCAGCGACUUCAGGAUCGCAUGGAAAGAAAACGGAUAAACGCAAGAAGAAGGUCAAGCGGAAGCACAAGAAUAAGGAAGGCCAGAAGAGCGGUGGUGAUAACAAGCCAACAGGUCAGAACGACGACCAGAGUCCAUGGCAACGGUUGCUGUCAAGUUCUAUUGACUGGAUUGUUUCCAACGCCACGCUUCCGACCGCGUCCCAAAUAUCUGUUCUCUGCAUGUUUAUGCUGGUCCUCAUCAACCUUUAUAUUGCAAACAAAAUGGCUCAAAUGGAUCGACAACUGGAAGCAAUUCACCUGGGCGCAGGCACUAGUAGUGGAAGGAAGGAAUCCCCAGUAGUAGCGUCACCACAGGCCGAUCACCAUCAUGAAAUCGAGAACGAGCUGUGGGACUGGUUAGGCCAACUGGAUCCUGAGCACAAGGUCAAGACGGCUACAGUGCAAGACCCAUCCGCCGCUUGGGAGAGCAUGACAACGGAGGAUGAUAACGCGUCGUGGGACGCUCGGCUACGCGAGUCGCAGCUGAGCAAGGAUAAGUUGGAUCAACAUAUGGCCGACCUCGAAAAGAUGAUCCAACGAGCGAGCAACAACAUGCAAGAGGUUACCAAGGUUGUAGAGCGACAGCGAUCAAGGAUUGUGGAGAAUUGGGCUUCAUAAUGACUUUUUUUUUUUGAAAAAUAAAUAAUGGGUACAUUGUGUCGGGCUUCUCUAUUU